AUGGAUUUCGAACGCCACCUGAAACUCAUUACCCAGAAGCAGCUUGCUGAAAACGAGAAGGAACGCCUCGAGAACGAAGUGCGCUUCCAUCGUAUGCACGCCCCCUGCGAUCCGCUUUCGCCUUUCCACGACCUCAAAUGUGGACACCGCGUCAAGACCCAGUACCCGGAAGAUUGUGGCUCCAAUUGUAAGCGUCCAGUGAAAGACAUCACGCCUAUCAUAUGUCCUGACUGCGUGACCAACCAGGUGCGGCUUGACAUGGAGCUCGAGGGGCUAACGUUGACCAAGGACGGGGACGCUAGCAUGGAAGACGGUGACAUGGCCCGAGCUGACAAAAUCAAGAAGUUCGCGGAGACUCAGAUCGAUUUCCUGGUAAAGCAUCAGUAUCGCUUGUCCAUGGUGGUCCCCAAGCUCGAUCCCAAGCUCCAAUUCUUCUACGAUUUCCCCGAAGCUCAGGAGAACGGAGGAUUCGUUAAAGAAGCAGCGAAACGCGAAGAGGAACCAGCCAAGCGCUUUAAGCGUCCAGGUAUCUUUGAACGUAAGCCUCGUGGAGCAGCCAAGCCGAUCAUUGGGAACCGGGGACGUCCCGCAUUCCCCAAUGCGCAGAACCCCCACCAUAGGGGCAUGCCGACCAAUGUUCCGCGCAUCAAGCGCGUUGCACCUCCACGUGGGCCACUUGGUCAUAUUCCCACUCAUGUCAAGGAUCCGGAUCUGGAUGAAUUGUUCCGCAAAGUGCAUGCCAAAGAACCACCACCACCGCGUCCUCGCACUCGCAGCCGGUCGCCUAACAAGAAAGAGGAGCAUGGCAAAGCAAAGUACCGCCGCCGAGAAGAUCCCCCAGGACAAGAUGUGGAUGAUCUCGCCGCCCAUCUGGACGACACUCGCGUCGGCAUUCUCGAGGACGAGGCAACCAAAGCCGUUCGAGAGGUGCUUGAGGCUUUCUGCCUCGGGGAAAAGGGCAACAAAGUCGAAAAGGACGAGAAAACGGCGAAGUAGCUACGGCGGGAAAUAAACGGAGAUAGGGAGGCUUUCUUUCUUGUCUCCAUGUGCUGUGGCUAGCACUGCCAUUAUGGAGGAGUGAUGGAGUACAGGAAGACCAGCGCGGGGAUUUGGACUGCAGUUCCACCUCUCAUGGCCUGAGCUGCG